UUCCGUUUCUGUGAUUGGGACAAAGGGCCGCCCGUCAGUGCCCUCGCCUGGCCUUGGGGCCGGGCCACUCCAGGGAAAAUCCUCGGGCAGUUGGACCGGAAGGGGGUCUGGGCCUCGGUUUCGGGAAGACUGCCAUCUCUCACAGCCAUUUAGGCCCCCCCCUGGAUCAGAGGGAAGAUGGGGAACAGCAGAAGUGGCUUGCAGCACAAAUUCACUUCCCAGUUUCUCCCUGAGGAGCAGGCAGAGGUCGACAGAUUGUUCCAUGUGCUCUCGGCGGAGGAAGCCAGCCCCAGGUCCCCGCUCCGAACCUUCUCUCUGAAGGCCCUCAAGAGGCAUGUCGGGAAAGCCCUUCCCCCAGAGAUGGUCACCAGGCUGUAUAAUGGUAUGAAGUCCCUUGACCUGUUGGGCAAGGUGCAGAGGCCCAGUGACGGCAUCUCCCAGGAGCAGUUCACAGUGUCGAUGUCCCACCUGCUGAAAGGGAGCUCUGAGGAGAAGGGCCUGGUGAUCCUGAAGAUGAUUUCUGCCACAGAAGAUCCUGUGAAAGCAGGACAAGUGCAGAAGUUUGCAGAGGACCUGGUCGGCUCUGUAGUGCACGUGCUGCACUACAGGAAGUUGCUGAGAGGCUGGGCUGGGGGGUACAUGCCAGACGCCAACUCCCGCAUCCCGGUGCUGGCCGCACAGCUGCUCUCCGAGGUGAAGCUUCAAGGUGGCAAGAAGCUUGCGGGGCCCCAGUGGCAGGACUGUGACUGUGACCAAGCUGUGAUCGAGGACUGGGUGUUCAGGGUCCCCCAUGUGGCCACCUUCCUGAGCGUGGUCAUUCGUAGAGGCUUUUCCCUCCUGCCCUCGUCCCUCAACCUGGCCACCCUGGUCCCCGAGCGCCAGGUGGCCCAAGGGAGGGAGUUUGAGAGCCUCUUGGAUGUGCCAUCGCUUCUGUACAUCAACUCCCACCUGCCCGCGGAGCGGCGGCACCGCUGGCGUCUGCUCUUUGCAUCCGAGCUCCAUGGGCACAGCUUCGCCCAGCUCCUUGGGCACAUCGUGCAUCAGGGGCCCUGCGUGACACUCCUGGAGGAUCAUGACGGCCAUGUGUUUGGUGGGUUUGCCUCCUGCUCCUGGGAGGUCAAGCCUCAAUUUCAAGGGGAUAACAGAUGCUUCCUGUUCUCCAUCUUGCCUCGGAUGGCCGUGUUCACCCACACAGGCUACAAUAACCACUUCAUGUACCUGAAUCACGGGCAGCAGACCAUCCCAAAUGGCCUGGGCAUGGGUGGGCAGCACAACUAUUUUGGGCUGUGGAUCGAUGUCGAUUUUGGAAAAGGACACAGCAAGGCCAAGCCCAUGUGCACCACAUACAGCAGCCCACAGCUGUCGGCCAAGGAGGACUUCCAGUUUGAGAAGAUGGAGGUGUGGGCCGUCGGUGACACUGAGGAGUCCCAGCUGGCCAAGACCGGAAAGAGUAUUCUGGAUGCGGACCCUGAGGCCCAGGCACUGCUGGAAAUCAGUGGGCGGACACGCCACAGCCACGGGCUCCGGGAAGCCCCAGCUGAGUGAGGAGGCGCCCCCAGUGCAUCUUUCCUGGAGUGGAGAAUGGGCACCCCAGGGUGCAGCUGCAGCGCCUCUCCUGAUCCCUUGUGUGCUUAACUUGAACCUGGGGCCACACGGGUCACUCCCAGCUGGUCCUGAGCAUGUCCGUGGGAACACAGAGUAAAAUUCCUUCUGCCAGAGAUUGAUUGGUGGAUGUAUCUUCCAGAAAUCCUAAGUGUCAAAUUAGCAACUUAACUCUUAGUUCAUUUCAUAUCGAUGAAAUUGAAGUCUUCUGCCAUCUCUACUAGAAUCAGUGCUUACUGGGAAUGGGAGUUCUCACCUGUGAGGGGCACUUGGCCUCUCUCAGGCCAUUCCAGUUAAAAGUGGGCCUUGAUAGUCCAUGUCACUGGCGGAAGGAGCUGGUCAUGUAUACAUGACUCUCGACACACUUGGGGGAUUACUUCCAAUGGCAUGGAAUUUCUGUGUUUUUGAGAAAGCACUGACCAUAUAUUGAUGGGAAAUAUAGCCAAGGAUUUUGGGGAUGACACGUUUCCUGUGACCUGGGUCCUUUAUGGGUGGUGGCGAUGAGGUCCGCCUCUGCCUUUCUCAACUGUUUUUAAAUGUGUCUAUGCCAGGAGCAGACAGAAGAGCCAGGAGACGCACAGAGACGCAAAACUGUGGUUCUGACACUUAUUAAAAUGUGGGGUGUGUUGGAGCCUGAGACUGAGUGCUCUGCUGAGAUAGCGGUGAGACAUAUGUGUGAUGCACAUAUGACCUGUGCAGCCUGUCAUAUAAACAAGUGGUGAGCGCCUUGACCACCCCACUCCCUCAGGGUUGCCCUUCCUAAUGCCAUCUCCAAGAUGUUGGUAGGUGGGCAGGGCUUCAGGGCCAGGCGGCCCUGCCUCCUUGCACAGCUGCUAACUGCCUUCAGAAGCAUGGGGCAUACACGCCGACAAGCGUGGUGCCCAACAUCCAGACACAGCCUCAGUUGUGACUGAGCUCCUCAUGAAAAGCCAGUGUUUCAGAGCUGCUCUUCUUGACUGAUGUGGCAGCUACAGGAUAUCAGGAGCCUCAGGCAUUCUGACCCUGAAUACGAAGAACUUGGUUCCAAAUCCUCAGUGUGUUAUGAACGCUCUUUUCUAAAAGCACCAUUAAAUACCUCUCUCACACAGGUCUGUGGGUGUCUGUGCCAUUUAUCAUCGCCUCUGGCGGAGGCAGAUUUUGCCUGCCUGCUUGAUUCCUACCAUGUCCCUGUGCUAACAAGAUCGGGUCACAGAUGGGGACCAGCACAUGCCCACAAGGCCUGGAGUGCUCAGCCCAGGCAUUUGGCAACCUGAGCGUACAGCCUGAGGGGUGUAGGAUGGAGGGGUGUAGGAUGGCCCUGCGACUUCUCUUGGCCAGGGUGCUGGGUCUCCCCACAAAGUGUGGCUGUGGACGUACACAUCUGUCUCGGGUGUCCUCUGUGGUGCAGGUCACAGGAGCAACAGGCAGUAGUGGGGCUGAGACCCUGAGGUGCCAGUUGUAAUACACGAAAGUUUUGCCCUUCAGUGACGGGGGAACAAGGACUUGGGCUGUCGGGGCUGCGCGGUACCCCUGCAAGUGAAGACCGCCAGGGCCCAGGAGUGCCAGAAGGAAGAGGUGGAGAAAUGCCUCUCUGGGGCCAACAUGGCCGUUACUUAUUUCCCACCAUCUUCUCUUCAUUAAAAAAAGGCCUGGUGUGUCCACGGUGAGUAAGGUCUGAACGCAAAAGGACGCUCAUGAUUGGAAAGGUGAGUCUUCCCCCUGCCCUGCAUCCUGCUGCUUACCUUCCCC